UGCGCUCUACGAAAUGUGGAAUCGCGUGGCAGGCAAACUACAGCCUGUCAGCCGCGUUGUGUAACGCGUGGAGCGGGCCCUGGUUGUUGUUCAGCGUCUUAAGAAGAUCGACGGCUGCUGCUACGUGUGUGUGUGUUUGUCAGGUGGCAAGGUCGUCUCUCUCGGGGGGCCUCAUCGAACGCGUUUGUUGGGUGCUUGACGACAAAAGUACCGGCGAGUGUCGGUGCCAUGGCUUACAUGUGGAGGUGGUAUCAAGGCCUCAUGGUCAGACAUCCAUGGAAGGUCCAGAUCACUACUGCCGGUAGCCUUGUCGGUGUGGGUGACAUAAUCUCCCAGCAAGUGGUGGAGCGCAAGGGCCUCCCGAAUCACGAUGGAGCACGGACGGCCAAAAUGAUGCUCAUUGGCUUUGCGUUUGUGGGACCUGUGAUUGGGGGCUGGUACCGGGUGCUGGAUCGGCUGGUUCCUGGCACCACCAAGACUGUUGCCCUCAAGAAGAUGGCGCUUGACCAGGGAGCUUUUGCACCGCCCUUCCUGGUGGGCUUCAUGUCCAUCGUGGGGACGCUGAACGGCCUGACGCACCCCCAGAUCCUGGACAAGCUCCGCAGAGAUUACCCAGACGCACUGCUGGCCAAUUACUACAUAUGGCCAGCUGUCCAAAUAGCAAACUUCUACUUUAUCCCGUUACAACACAGGCUUGCUGUGGUGCAGUGCGUGGCGCUCAUUUGGAAUGCCUACCUUUCAUGGAAAUCCAACAAGAAAUAAGUCUUCUCUGGUUCAAGCCUUACCUCUUAACACUUGUGCUUCAUUUGUCAUCACAAAGUAAUUCACGACCUGUGCAAUGCCAUUACAACUCGCGGUAUAUUGCAUAUGAAGACGCCACUCCGUAACGUAAUCUAACAAGGCCCAGGGGUCAAUGUGGCUCAUCCCAUAAUGCUGAUUGCACCAACCAAAAUGGAAUUGAUGUGCAUGCGUCCACGUUGUUACGUACAGAAAAGCCCACCUUAAACAAAUGCUUACAAUUGUUGGUAUUGAUUUUGUUCUAUGAAUAAUUAUUUUGGUUUUUUUUUUUUUACCCACAAUGUUUGCAAAUAAAUGUCACGAGAAGAAGAAUCCGUGUGGAGAUCUCGCGGAGCAGUGGGCCCUAUGAGUCUGAUAGCUAGUUGGCCGCAAAAAGGGUUUUUCACAAGACGUGAAAAAUCUUUCAGGUGGCCUUUUCAACAUCUACCCAGUAAGAGGGGGGGGGGGCCUCACUUUCCCAAAGGCUCUGCUGUGAGAUUGUUACAUAACGGUCCAGCAAAUAUAAUGUUUUAUUUGAGCUGCAAUUAAAUAAAAAUCGAAUUCAAAACCAAAUAUAAUGUUUUAUUUGAGCUGCAAUAAAAAAAAAUCGAAUGCAAAACCAUAUUGAAUAUAAUGGCUUUAAGUGUGCAAGCAUUGGGUCACCAUCAACUCAGUACGCUUGAGAAGAUUGGCAGCAGAACGCCCUGGAUUCAUUCUCAGGAUCUCAGCAGUGCCAGCUCAGCAGCCACUUCAGUUUAGAUGUCACAGGUCACUUGACCGAAGAGGAGUCUCGAAGUUACGACUGUUUUCAAGCAUUAAGGACAGAUAUAUUUUUCGAUUUAAAGCUUUCGUGACUGCAGGGAUUCAUCUUAUUGGUUCUUUCGGUAAAGUCACGUAGAAUGGAAAUAAUACAAUAAUACAAAUAAAACAAUAGAAUAACAAAAAAAAAUGUUCUUAUGCUUUAGUUUUAUUAUUUUGUUAUAUCCAUUCUACGUGACUUUACCGAAAGAACCAAGAAAACAGAUGUAUUGUGCCUCCAUUGCUAUAGCCUUUUGUUUUUACGACUUGCAUAAAUUAACAGCGUUUCAACUAUGCUUUGAAAGUAACUCGCAAUGCUGUUUACUAAGCCACUGUGAGACUUUAUUUAAAUCUAUGAACAGAUGACAUUUGAUGCAAUGCAAAUAAAUAAUAACUUGUUUACGAAGCCUCCUGUGUACAGGGUUUGUGUUUAUAUCUAAGAAUCAGUGAUAUUUGAUGCAAUGAAUUGAAUUGAAUGCAGUAGUAAUGACACUUAAUUGAAAACUGGGGAGUGGUAAUGCAGUUCAUUAUGAACCUGGUUACCUGAAUUAAAUUCCCAGCCAUGGCUAACAUCGGUGGCGAGUGAUAUUCAAAUCCCCUUCACUAACCACCCACACAAUGGUGAACUAUGGCCAAACUACCCCUGGCCUAGGAGACUGACAAGGACAGUAGAUUGCCCGAGGGUUGUAAUUAGUACAUGAUUGAACCAGGUAUUAUCGAUACAUCUUAGCAUAU